GAGGAGGCGACGGCGGUACCGUCCUUGGGGGUAGCGUGGCGGUUCCAGGCGGCGUGCCCGGUAGCACCACCCUGACGGCCAUCAUGGAGACUAAAGACGCGCGCAUACAGACCCUAGAGAAGCAGGUGACAUUGCUGGAGGCCGAGUUACAGCGUAUCAAGGAGUGCGGCGGUAGACUGAGGGAGCAGUUGCUGAAAGCGACCGCCGUUCCGAGUAGCGGCGGUGGUCUACAGCAUCAGCAGCAACAGUCGCAACAAUCAUCAUCGGUACAACAGCAACAGCAACAAGCGCAAACUAAUAAUAAUAAUAAUCUAGCCGCGGGAGGUAUCGAAUCGCAAAUGCGACAGGGAUUGGUGACGGCCAUGGGUGGUGGUUAUUCACAGCAGCCCGGCACGUUGGCCCUGGCCAGGGGACCGUCCGUGAUGACCUCGCUGGUACCGUAUGGUCACACGUCGUCCACGGCAUUAACCAGUUCAUUGCUUGCCGGUUCGACAGGUGGGACCAUGAGCGGCGUAGGAGGUGGGGGCGGUUCCUCGUGCCUGGCCGGCAUCUCGUCGGGCGCUACCACUGGCGUGGUCAAUCCCUAUACCGAUCGUUACGCCGAUCAUCAUCUCCAUCAGCUUCACCAUCACCACCACCACUUUCCCCAUCAUCAUCAGCCUCAUCUUCAUCAUCAACAGCAGCAGCAGCUGCAGUUGCAACAUCAGCAGCAAAUGCAGCAACACUUGAAACAAAUUGAGCCAGCGGCGCAGGGCGCGCUGGCGUUGCACGCGCACAACUUCAACAAGCACGACAUGAACUUCAAACGGCAAGUAAGUUUCUUCAUCAACAACGUGCGCAUCGAAAAGAACGACGCCGUCUAGGGACGUCCGAACGGAUAUCUAUCGUCUGUCGCGUCAUGCCGGACCUGGCGCGCCGCAGGUUCUUCCUCCGCGUGAGUACCCCUUAUACACCCGAUCUCUCUCAAAUAGGUGUCCAGGAAGAGAGAGCAAGAAAGCGAGAGAGAGAGAGAGAGAGAGAGAGAAUGCGUGUGACGAGCAAGCGCUUCUAUAUAUGUAUGCGUAAACCUGUGUGCGCGUGCGUGUGGAGGUACCUUUCAUCCUUACGCCGACGAGGCAAGGGUGUCGCGCGACGAUCGCGAGCAAGUCGAUCGAUCGACCGUGUAGGAUCGACAUCGUCGAUACCGGUGAGAAUGGGAGAGAGCGAAAGACGAACGAAGCGAAUGCUUGCGACUGGAAGAGGUGUUGUGUGUCUGCCUGUUACCUGGUCACACUGUCAGAGACGAAGGGAAAACCUAAGCAACAACCUCAUCGCCAGGAAGCCGCGCGACGCGCGUGGUCGUCGUUAAUCAUUUAGCUCGAUACGUCCCGAGAAUCUUUCGAUUCCUUUCGUCUUCUCUUCGAACGAAAACCGUCGCGUCGCGGCGCGCCGUACGAGCCAGCCGGAACCGGAACGAGGUCCGAGAAACGAACGUCCAUUUCUUUCCCGACCGCUACCGAUCAAACGCACACUCGAUCCAGCAAAUCGUCCCGUCGGCGGCCAACUCGAACGGGGUUGGCCCGAGACGCGAUACGCUUAUUUUUCUAUACUUUCGACGCGCGGCCUGUGCUCUCCCUUCCAAUCAGACGCGAUCGUCGCUUCUCGUCCUCUCGCCGAACGACUCGUUUCUUCCAUGCACCGACGCGCGGACUCGUCUCGCUUUCUCGCCAGCUCGUACGCGCGAUCGCGGCACCGUGUUUAGCGUACC